AGGGCCCCACUCCUCCGCCCACACCCCCCAGCAGUGGACCUCCAUCUACCCCAGGCUUUGGCCCUCCUCGCCCUCCCGGAGGUUUCAAGGUCUCCAUGGCCCAGGAGGCUGGCCCUCAGAAGCCCCCCAUCGAGCCCCCCAAGCCCAUGAAGCCUCUCUACUGGACCAGGAUCCAGUUGCAUUCUAAAAAGGAUGCGAGUGGUUCUUUGGUCUGGGAGAAGAUCGAGGAGCCAUCAGUGGAUUUUGAUGAGUUUGUGGAGUUAUUCUCCAAAAGUUCUAUGAAGGAGAACACGCCAAUAUCAGACACCAUCACCAAGUCCAAGGCCAAACAGGCCGGUGGUGGCUGGUCCGCUCCAGGAAUCUGUCCCUCCACCCCCUUUGGACAUCGAGGGGGCCCCGGCGUACAUCGUUCGUUCCAUCCUGGAUUCGAGGCGUCGGGUGGGGGGCCUUCAGUACCUUGUGGAGUGGGAGGGGUAUGAACCGGAGGAGAGGUGUUGGGUUCUGGUUGCAGAUGUUUUGGAUCCUGAACUGUGAAGGUGAAACUCCCGCAGCAAUUCACAUCAGGAAAAUGUUUUGAAUGGUCAAUUUACUGUAAAUUAAUAAAACAGUUUAUGAUUAAAGUGUUAUUAUAUUCUCCAGGGGAAUAGUUAUUCUGUAGAUCCUGUAAAAAUUAUAUACAAUGUGAUAUCUUCAAUAUGAACACAUCAGACAAUAUUAUCUGCAGUGUAGUACCACCAUUAUGCACCCAUAUUGCUCAUGCUGCUUGCCUUUUAGCAUUGAAAUUAAAUUAUAUCAUGUCCACAGUGUGUUUGGAAACCAUUUAGCUAGAUAUAGAGGCAGGAGUUCAGUGAUGUAACUGACUCCAUGUUCAAUUAUUAUAUUUUUAUCUCCACUGUGAGUUGUGUGAUCUGGAGCACAUCAAAGUGGUAUGCCUGAGGCUGGGGUUUACUAUCUACACUCACCACACAACCGUAUUACCCAGCAGUCACUCUGCAUACUCAGCCUGACUGUGGUCACAGGGAAAAUCUACUGUAAACCAUACAGGUGUACUAUCUUAAUGUAAUCACUGUUGUCACUGACAAUUGCCCUGAACAGCAGGAAAUGCACACUUGUAGUGUAUUAUAGGUUAUAAAGGCUUCUAAAGUUUGUAAUUUCCACUUUAAAAUGUCAGACUUGAUUUGUCCUAACUAAAAAUGUCCCAACUAAAAAUCAACCCCUAUAAAAAUGUCAAUGAAUUAUAAUCCACAUUUUAAUUCAGAUGCACAUGUCCUGUUGCGGCAGGAUUAUUUUCAUGUAAUGAUCAACUGGUCAAAUUAAGAUCGGACAUCUGUACUGUAUAUGAUACUGUCCAUGGCUGUUGGCUUAUUAAUAUACAGUAUAUGUCACGGCCGUCAAAAGGAGGAGACCAAGGUGCAGCGUGGUGAGCGUUGUGAUAACAUGCGUCUUGGUGAGAGGUGUAGGAGUCAGGCGCAGGAGAGCAGGGAUGUCUGAGAAGCGUGUUUAAUAAUAUAGUCCACCAAUACGAAACACACACGGAGGAACAAACACAGUUCCGACACUUUACAUACACGUGCGUAAUAGCGAAAAAACAACAAACAUCAAAUACAAUCGAGCACAAUACACACAAGUCUAAUCCUGCACGAAUUACGGCAGGUAACAGGUGCCCUAUAUACCCACAGAAAUCAAAGCAAUUGAAAACCAGGUGUGAAAAAGGGAUCGGUAGCGACUAGUAGACCGGCGACGCCGAGCGCCGAGCCCCGCCCGAACAGGGAGAGGAGUUACCUUCAGUAGAAGUCGUGACAAGCGUACAUAUUAUUUUUAUUAGAAAAGACGACGAACAAAACAAUAAACACUACAAAACAAACCGUGAAGCUAAAGGCUAUGUGCCAUAAACAAAGUCAACCUCCCACAAAGACAGGUGGGAAAAGGGCUACCUAAGUAUGGUUCUCAAUCAGAGACAACGAUAGACAGCUGUCCCUGAUUGAGAACCCUACCUGGCUAAACAUAGAAAUACAAAUAAUAGGGUCUCCUGGGUGGCACAGUGGUCUAGGGCACUGCACAGUGCCAGCUGUGCCACCAGAGACUCUGGGUUCGCGCCCAGGCUCUUUCGCAGCCGGCCGCGACUGGGAGGUCUGUGGGGCGACGCACAAUUGGCAUAGCGUCGUCCUAGUUAGAGAGGAUUUGGCCGGUAGGGAUAUCCUUGUCUCAUUGCGCACUAACGACUCCUGUGGCGGGCAGGGCACAGUGCACGCUAACCAGGUUGCCAGGUGCAAGCUGUCACCAGGUGUGGCUUGCUUUCUGGUUGGAUGCGUGCUGUGUUAAAAAGCAGUGCGGCUUGGUUGGGUUGUGUUUCAGAGGACGCAUGGCUUUCGACCUU